AUAUUUCCGGCGGUAAGCCACGCCCCCAUGUUUUCUCCCCGCGUUUCUUAUGAGAGGUUGAUGUGCCAUGUAUGAAUUCUAAUAUAUAAGCAAUAGUUCGCUAUAAGAAUAUUCACAAAGUCAACCAGCAGCGUUGUGAACAUGGCGGCAGUGAUCAGGAGGCUCGACGAGACUGUUGUCAACCGUAUUGCUGCGGGAGAAGUCAUCCAGCGUCCUGCCAACGCUGUCAAAGAGAUGAUUGAAAACUGUUUGGAUGCAAAGUCCUCCAACAUCCAGGUGACAGUGAAAGACGGCGGACUAAAACUCCUUCAGAUUCAGGAUAAUGGCACUGGUAUUCGGAAAGAAGAUAUGGAAAUCGUCUGUGAGCGUUUUACCACCAGUAAACUUAAGACCUUUGAGGACCUCUCGUCUAUUUCAACCUAUGGAUUCAGAGGAGAGGCUCUUGCUAGUGUAAGCCAUGUUGCACAUGUGACCAUCACAACUAAGACAGCUGAUGCCAAGUGUGCCUACAGAGCCAGCUACAGCGAUGGAAAAUUAAAAGCCCCCCCCAAACCAUGUGCUGGCAACCAGGGAACACAGAUUCUUGUUGAAGAUCUCUUUUACAAUGUGUCCACCAGGAGGAAAGCUUUAAAGAACCCCAGCGACGAGUACGCAAGGAUUGUUGAAGUGGUUAGCAGGUACGCCAUUCACAAUUCAGGAAAAAGUUUUACAGUCAAAAAGCAAGGAGAGACUGUAGCUGACGUGAGAACACUCCCUAAUGCGUCAGUUGUGGAUAAUAUUCGAGCGGUUUUUGGAAACGCAGUCAGCAGGGAGCUGAUUGAAGUUGGCUGUGAGGACCAGAAGCUUGCUUAUACGAUGAAAGGCUACAUCUCAAACGCUAACUACUCAGUCAAGAAAUGCAUCAUGGUCCUCUUCAUCAACCAUCGCCUGGUGGAGUCAAGUGCUUUGAAGAAAGCGAUUGAGACAGUUUAUGCCGCAUAUCUACCAAAGAACACACAUCCUUUUCUUUACCUCAGCCUCGAGAUCGCCCCCCAGAAUGUAGACGUGAAUGUUCAUCCCACCAAACACGAGGUGCAUUUCUUGCAUGAAGACAGCGUCAUCGAAAGUGUUCAGAAGCACAUCGAGAGCAAACUGCUGGGCUCCAACUCGUCACGCACAUACUUCACUCAGACAUUGCUGCCCACUUUGUCAGUCUCGGGUUCCAGUGAGGUCAAGCCCUCCAGUUCCACAGCAGAUACUACAGACCGGGUCUACGCACAUCAGAUGGUGAGGACUGACUCUCGCGCUCAGAAGCUGGAUGCCUUCCUCCAGCCAAAAGAGAAGCCACUUCCUGAUCCAGAGCCAGCCGGUCCCAGCAACAAGGAUGCUGAGCCCAACAUCCCUCAUUCUGACUGUGUAGCGAUGGACGAGUCAGAUGAUGCAGAGAUGCUUGAUGCUCUGGCUGAGCGGGAGGCAGAGAUGCCAGGAGGAGAUGAAGAAAGCAGUUCCAGUGCUCCUGCUGUUCAAAGGAAGCGUCCUAGGACUGAGCAGCAGCAGGUGGAGGAAGAAGACCUGACGGCUGCAGUGACAUCUAACAGACGGGCCAUAAAACUGACCAGUAUCAAAGAGCUGAGGAGUGAGAUUGCUGAGAACACGCACAGAGGUCUUCAAGAAAUGUUGCAAAACCACUCAUUUGUAGGUUGUGCCAAUCCCCAGUGGACUCUAAUCCAGCAUCACACCAAACUGUACCUACUCAACACCACCAAACUCAGCCAGGAACUGUUCUACCAGAUCCUGAUCUAUGACUUUGGCAACUUUGGUGUUCUGAGACUCUCUACACCUGCUCCACUGUACGACUUGGCCAUGUUGGCUCUGGACUCUGAGGAAAGCGGCUGGACAGAAGAGGAUGGGCCCAAAGAAGGUCUGGCCCAGUACAUAGUGGACUUCUUGAAAAAGAAAUCUGAGAUGCUGGAGGACUACUUCUCCAUGGAGGUUGACCAGGAUGGAAAUCUAACAGGUUUGCCACUGCUGCUUGACAAUUACACCCCUAUAAUGGAGGGUCUCCCCAUGUUCAUCCUGCGUCUGGCCACUGAGGUGAACUGGGACAACGAAAAGGAGUGCUUCAGAGACUUCAGUAAGGAGUGCAGCAUGUUCUACUCUAUUAGGAAGCAGUACAUUCUGGAGGCUGGGCCAGGAGAACAGCAGGACACUGAUGUGAACUCGUGGCGUUGGAAAGUUGAGCACAUCAUCUUCAAAGCUUUCCGAACCCUCUUCAGUCCACCCAAGGAAUUUAGUGAGGAUGGCUCCGUGCUGCAGAUCGCUAAUUUGCCUGAUCUCUAUAAAGUGUUUGAGAGGUGCUGAAACUGAUCAAAGCUCUUCGGAAAAACCAAAAACUAAUGCUGCUAUACUUGAUGUAACAUUUUUUCUGUAAAUAAACACUGUGUCAAAUAAGUA